AUGAAUGUGGAACAUGAAGUUAACCUCCUAGUUGAGGAGAUUCGACGUUUGGGAACCAAAAAUGCUGAUGGGCAAGUGAGUGUGAAAUUUGGUGUGCUCUUUGCUGAUGAGAAGUGUGCCAACCUAUUUGAAGCUCUAGUGGGAACUCUUAAGGCUGCAAAACGACGAAAGGUUGUCUCUUACCAAGGGGAGCUACUUUUACAAGGCGUUCAUGACAACGUUGAUAUCGUGCUGCUGCAGGACUGAACCAGUAUGCAUUUCUGCUGUGCAUUAAUUGAAUUGUUUCAGGCGGUGACUUAGAACAUCCUCUGAAUCCUCUGAUUCUAAUACAUUUUGAUGUAUUUUCUAUGUCUUUCUAGCCAAAAGAAAGCCAUCUUAUUUUGGAAAACAUUCCCUUUUGUAAUUCUUCAAACAGUACUGUACACAAUUAAGGUGAAAGAUGACAG